AUGCAUUAUGUUUUAGGUGAUGAGGUUGAUAAAUUGAAAAUCCCAGUUGGUGGAGAUCAGCUCACACGCGUUAGAUUUGACGUGGCAAAAUCUUUGAGAAUGGGAACACAUACAGCACAAGAAAGACAGGACUGUCUCUACCCCAUAAUUGUAGAACUAUUUCACACUCAAAUGGAUUUUCUUGAGAAAAUGGUAAAACGGUUUAUGAAAAGGCAGACAGGGAGAAAUGUUGGCACCCUUGCCUAUGUAAAAUCCUUGAUACAACGGGCAAGUGUUAAUGGCAAUGUUAAAAGUCGCUUUAAGGCCCAUGAGGACUUUGUCAUCCUGUUUGGAAGAGCCCUGCUAUGCCAUUUCUACCUUGAGUAUUUUGAUAUGGAGUCCACUGAUGACAAUCCCAGGAAAAAUGCAGACUGCAUCCCUCCUAAUGUUACACAGACACAAAAGAAAAAGAGAGAAGCAGUGUUCAAUGAAGUUAUGCAAAAUGUUUUGAAGGAAAUUUUUGGAACUCAAAGUUUCCAAGAGGAGUCUGAGAAAAGGAAGUGGAUAUAUCUUGACAUUAAUGGGGACACCCAAAAAGUUCCAAUUGAAGAAGGAUAUGCCACAUUUCAUAUCCAGUGUGACAAACAAUACAAAGUACAGAUUCCGAAAUCAAGACUUGAUCAAGGGAAAGUCAUAGUCUUGAACAUGUCAGGCAAUAUCUUUACUUUGAUCAAAGCCAAAGAAGAUGACCUCUUCAAUUACAUGCAUUAUUUCUUACAACAUUAUUUACUAAUGAUAUUUAUGAAGGAUGCCAUAUAUGAAGGUGACAUUUUCAGGGUAAAUAUUUCAUUGAAAUUGAUGAUGCCAUAUUUCUAUGACCAUUCAAACUUAUCAAAAUGUUUAGUGGAAUGCAUAGACUAUAUCUUAAAAACUGAAAUUUUAUUAUCGCCAAAACUUUCAUUAGAAGUCCGCACAAGCUCAUUUGUAAAUCCAAAGGGUGGAAUAGGGAACAAUAAACCCAGUGAUAUGCAAAAAGAAAACCAAGUCAAAGAGUUGAAGGAACUGAUCAAAGGCUUAAGAUCCAAUAAAACAGAGACUGCUAUAGUUAAUCUCUGCAAGGCUGCCCCUAUAAUUAACAGUGUUGUUAAAAAUCUUGACAAUCAAAUUUUUUCUAGCGUGCGACGGAAAAGGGCGAGGUGAUCCGAUUGGAAAGGUCUUGUCACAAGGAAUACACAUGUGAAAUAUGAAAGUCAUAGCUCCAACCAAUCAAAAGUUAUGGGCAAGGUUAAAGUUGACAACAGACAGACAGACAAACAGAUAAACAGACAAACAGACA